AAUGGUUAGUUUGUCAGCGUCUGCGUUGCCGCUCGGUUGUGCUCUCGGUUGAAUAUCUCGUUUUGAUGUAAUCCCUAACGUUGUUUCGCGCGUUUUACGUAAACUUCUGCUGCCUGCAUACGGUACUUUUGUGCGGCAAAAACAAAAACGCCGAAAUAUUAAGUGUUGUGGUAAUAAAAUAAAAAUAAAAAAGAAUAAAUGCAAUUGAAAUUGAAAAUAAAAUAGAAAUUGAGAUGAAAUAAGCCUUUGUGUUAUGCCAAGUCUAAAUAGCGGUUAUUUGUUUGAGUGCGUGAUUGAAAUAAAAUAAGUAAAUAUUUACCGCUAAUCCAGCUACGGUGUCUGUGUGUGCGCGUGUGUUUUGUCAAAAUGAGUGAGUUUUAAGAAUUCAGCAAAGCGAAGAUUUACUCAAAGCAAAAGAAAAUCGCAGGCAAAUUCACAAAUUUCAAAUUUUGCUGCCAAUAGAAAUGAGUGCAAAUCGAAAAAUGCUGCCGCCGCUGCUGCUGUUGCUGGUGUCGCUGUCGCUGCCGGCGCUGCUGCAAGCUGUGCAGCGUUACGAUCAAACGCCUUUGGAUGCCAGCGCAUAUUAUCGCUCCGACCUGGCCGGCAGCAGCUCCUUGGACGGCUUUCCGCAUCACAAUCGCUGCGAGCCGAUCACAAUUUCCAUAUGCAAGAAUAUACCCUACAACAUGACGAUAAUGCCGAAUCUGAUCGGCCACACCAAGCAGGAGGAGGCGGGCCUGGAGGUGCAUCAGUUUGCGCCGCUCGUCAAGAUCGGCUGCAGCGCCGAUCUGCAGCUGUUCCUCUGCUCGCUAUACGUGCCCGUCUGCACCAUAUUGGAGCGUCCAAUUCCGCCUUGUCGCUCGCUCUGCGAAUCGGCGCGCGUUUGUGAGAAUCUCAUGAAAACCUACAAUUUCAAUUGGCCCGAGAAUCUGGAAUGCUCCAAGUUUCCCGUGCAUGGCGGCGAGGAUCUAUGUGUGGCCGAGAAUACCACCUCCUCCGCCUCCACGCCCGCCCCCACGCGCAGUGCACCCAAAGUGACGACGCGCAAGCACCAGAUCAGCGUCGAUAGCCCCCAUCGAAAUAUCGGAUUUGUGUGCCCCGUCCAGCUGAAGACGCCGCUCGGCAUGGGCUACGAACUGAAAGUGGGCGGAAAGGAUCUACAUGAUUGCGGAGCACCGUGCCAUGCGAUGUUCUUUCCGGAACGCGAGCGAACCGUCCUGCGCUACUGGGUUGGCUCCUGGGCCGCAAUCUGCGUGGCCAGUUGUCUCUUUACGGUGCUCACCUUUCUGAUAGACUCGUCCCGCUUUCGCUAUCCCGAGCGAGCGAUUGUCUUUCUGGCCGUCUGCUAUUUGGUCGUCGGCUGUGCCUAUGUGGCCGGAUUGGGUGCGGGCGAUUCGGUGUCGUGUCGUGAGCCAUUUCCGCCGCCAGUGAAGCUGGGACGGCUGCAGAUGAUGUCCACCAUAACGCAGGGUCAUCGGCAGACAACCUCCUGCACGGUUUUAUUCAUGGCAUUGUAUUUCUGUUGCAUGGCCGCCUUUGCCUGGUGGUCAUGUUUGGCUUUUGCGUGGUUCCUGGCCGCCGGACUUAAAUGGGGCCACGAGGCAAUUGAAAAUAAAUCUCAUUUAUUCCAUUUGGUUGCCUGGGCGGUGCCCGCACUUCAAACCAUAUCCGUGCUGGCUCUGGCCAAAGUUGAAGGUGACAUCCUCUCUGGCGUUUGCUUUGUGGGCCAGCUGGACACUCACUCGCUGGGCGGCUUUCUUAUACUGCCGCUGUGCAUUUACUUAUCGAUUGGCGCUCUCUUUCUGCUGGCCGGCUUCAUCUCGCUCUUUCGCAUACGCACCGUAAUGAAGACGGACGGCAAGCGGACGGACAAGCUGGAGCGCCUAAUGCUGCGCAUCGGCUUCUUUUCGGGCCUAUUCAUAUUGCCAGCCUUGGGUCUGCUGGGCUGCCUGUUCUACGAAUACUACAAUUUCGAUGAGUGGAUGAUUCAGUGGCAUCGCGACAUCUGCAAGCCCUUCUCCAUACCCUGCCCGGCUGCCAGGCCGCCUGGCACGCCGGAGGCGCGGCCCAUCUUCCAGAUCUACAUGGUCAAGUAUUUGUGCUCCAUGCUCGUGGGCGUCACCUCCAGCGUUUGGCUCUACUCCAGCAAGACGAUGGUCAGCUGGCGCAAUUUCGUGGAACGGCUCCAGGGCAAGGAGCCACGCACCCGGGCCCAAGCGUACGUCUAGUAUGAGACGGCGGCGGCGGCGGCUGAGGUGGCGGCUAACGAGAGUUACUUAGCCUUUAGCACGUAAAGUCCCCAAAGUCUGCCCUGCCUCAAGAAUUCACAUUCACAGAAGUAAGCGAAGAGGAAGAAGUGAAAAAGAGAUAGAGAGAGAGAAAGAGAGAGAACAAGUAGUCGUAGCUUAGCCUCGAACAGCUUUGUAUAAAGUUCAUCUAUGUCCCCCCCGUCUACCCCUACCCAUCAAGCGUAAUCAAAAGUUUAAUAUUUAGUUAUAUAUCUACAUAUAUACAUACAUACAUACUUAUAUAUAUUGUAUAUGAAGGCUUCUCGCUUUCUUGUUGAACCAAAACAUUUUAAUUGAUAAGCUAAUGAUAAUAUUCUAGUAUUUUAGUAUGCUAGUGCUCUUAUGGCUCAUGCUUCCGCUUUCCAUAUUCAUUUUCAUUGCCAUUUCCAUUUCCAUUUCCACUUCUGUUUCCGUUUGCGAAUGGUAUACGAAUUGUAUAAGAGUUUUAUCGCUCGCUCGCUGUUGCAUCUUCACUCUUCUACUCCACAGACGCAUUCAAUUCGAAUAAGUUUGCAUUUAAGUAGGAUUUUUUUGAUCAAUUUUAUUUGUGAAAGCUUUAAAUGUGCCCUAACGUUAAUUAAGUAUAUAUAAAAUAAUAUAUAUAUAUUUGCAUAUAUUGUAGCUGUAUGUGUGUCUAAGCUCUUUAAGAUUAUGUGUAAGAAUUGCUGUAAAUUUCUGACUAAACAGUUUUAAAAAAAGUUCACAAACUUCGCACAUAAAAAAUGCACAUCAAUUAUUUAUGAUAAUUCGCAUAAUUUUGUUCGACUGCAGUCAGAAUUUCACAGCCAAUUUAAUUUAAGAAAAAAAUAUAUAUA